AUGGAUAAUUUGAUGUAUUUGUCCCGUUACAAUGAAAUAUCUUUUGCAGGGGACAGUGGUAGCAAGAGCGUACUAGAUGCCUUUUUCUUGGGCAAGGCGCUAGCGGAAGCUAUUAACGAGCGUGUUGAAUCUACAUUGGGAGAGUUGUUGAGUACAGUCGGCAGGUUGCAAGCCGAGCAACAAAAGCAAGUUCAAGAUUUUCAGGAGGAAGUGUUAGAAAGGGCCAAAAGCGCAAAAGAAAAAGCAGCACGAGAAGCUAUGGAGGCACAAGGGAACAUACCUAGUAAGUCGACCGAAUCUCCUGAGGUGGUGGAAGUAGAAAUCUCCCCUUCAUCAUCGUCUGAGCAAGUUAAUAACACUUACAACAGCGAUCCAAUUAUAGGGAUGAUGAUAAAUGAUGAUUAA